CGAACCUCACAUCACUCAAAGGCAGCCCCGGCUUCAUACCAAAUAUGUCUCGCGCAGAGUCCCCAUCCUCUUCGAACAAUUCCAAGAUCCUUACCUAUCGCUGGGACGGACAGAUGGUCUACGUGAAAGCAGCUCCAACGUUUGAGCUCGCUGCUGACCGCGCACGACAAAGCUAUGCGGACCUCGCCGAUGUGCAAAGUGAACGCAUCUCCUUCUACGUUACUGCGAGCGUGAAGAAAGACGAGAGCACUCGUGUCCGCAUCUCGCCUUCAGCAUGGACCCUUAUCACCUCCGGACUUCCGGAUUACGAGAUUCUCGACAUCCAGAUCGCGGAUUCCGACUCGAACGACGCGGUGGAUGCUCCCCCACAGUACGAGACUUCAACAUCCUCAGACGCACAUGAGUGGGAUACCUCCAAGAUUGUCACGUACCGCCACGGUAACGAGCUUGUCUUCGUGAAGGUUGCUCCUACGGUUGAGGCUGCAGCUGAUCUCGCACGAGAGACUUACAAGGAUCUUGCACAUAUCCCGUCGGAGUCCAUACUUUUCUAUGUCAGCGUACGCGUGCGAGAGGCCCCUGGACGCGUCUGUAUCUCCUCGUCCGCCUGGUCCGACGUCACACCUACCCUCCCGCGGUGUGAGAUCAUGGAUGUCGAGAUCGCGCGUCCCAGGUCGCGUGAGCCGUCGCCCAGCAUCAAGCCACGCCUGCUCGCGGAGGACGUGCCUCCGUGUUACGACGGUCUCGGGUCGGGCAGCCAGUACCUCGACGUCAAGGAUGCCCGUGGUCGGCCGACCGACCCUGCCCCGCAGCGGCCUCGCUCUCCGGGCCUCAUGGAUCGGACGAAGAACUUUUUUUCAAGCAGGAAGCCAUAAAACUUCUGAGCGCGUCUCAAUUUUCUUUAACGCCUCGCACCUCGCGCAUGCCCAACGCCCUCAUGGGACCUGGCUCUGCCACAUCAACCCUUCUGCCCAAGCAUCCCAUAUACCCAGACUCUUAGCCACCAUACCCAGUCGUGCUAUGACAUAUGCAGUGAUAGAAUGGGCUAUUGGGGCAGUGUACCAUUGCAUUGGAGGACUUCAUUCUAGACUUACAGACGCAGUUGAGGGCUUCAGACUUUUCUCGCGUAACCCUGUAUCACUACCCUAUACCCUUGUUUUCAGUGUAGCAAUAUCAUUUGUUCGCAAUCAAUGUGGCACAG